AGAAAGAGAGAGAGAGAGACUCUGCACGCAGUUGAUUUGUUAUUCAUUGUAAAGGACGCCGGCGCUGUUGUUUCAAACUACGUCGCGUUGUUAGCGUCGCGUUUCAUCGCGUUUGAGUGCAGCACGGACGGUUUUAUCCUAAUGAAAUAACGAAUAAAUACGGCGACGCGCACUGCCGGCAUUCUCCUUUACAGCAACACACUACGCUUAAACAAGAAGUGAAGGACGAUAAAGGGACACCAUUACACUACUGGAUGCCGGUUGUCUGCUUACUAAGCAGUGCUGUCAAGCAGCAAUGAAAUAACUCCUUCCAGGAAAAGAGCACGGUCAGGAUAACACCGUACCGCAAUGCAAGAAUGUCGCUUAAAGUAGCACAACUACACGUAACCUUGGCACAAAUAGAGGAAUCGGAGGCGCAGACGGCGUAAGAGUAGGCUACCUCUUCCUCUUUUGUAAUAAAACAUCCGUGUCCUACGAUACGCGAUGCGCUGGACUCGCAUGACUGCUUUCAAGACAAUCUACUAACGUAAAACUUCAUCUUAUGAGAUCGGACGCUGCAGACGCGCGAUAAUACGACGGAUGAAUUAUGCACGGCAGAGCGUGAACACCGGCCGGUGCGCGUGUCCCACAUGACCUAGUUUCAAAGUGAAGCUUCCGUGCAGGACAAAUAAAAAAAAGACCUCCAGCACUGAAAAACAAGCACACUGUUUGUUCACAUGCCCGGUGAAAAGUGGAGAAAGUCGUGUGGAGCUCUUGACGUGACAUUAACGUCACGAUCUGAUCGGAGGAUUCAGUAAUGAUCAACAGCCAUUGCUUUUAUCGCGCAUCGUUUUGAAAUGAAUUUACAAGAUUACUUUACGGAUUUAAGAGACUACAGCCAUUGACCUUUGCACUUGCACCAGAUUAUUUAUUUUGGCUGAAAGCACAGAGAUUUUUGCACAUGCUGUCAGGAUUUAUACUGAGCCACGUGUGAAUCGCUUUUCCAACGUAUGUGUGCAUUAACACAUGAGGAUUUGUUGAAGGUGCUCGCUGCUGUCUUGAAAGCAAUAUUUAAUAUUUGACAUGGUUUACUAUAUGAUUUUAAGCUCAGGAGAUCAUUCUACAGUUUUCAAUUCACUGAUUUGUGAACAAUACUGAACAGUAGAUUCAUUGAUCGGUCCUAAAUAUAAGGUCCAAACAUGUGGUCAUUGCCAUUAGUCCGUCACACCGAUGUUCCUCCGAAAGUGACUGAGAGCUUUAUUCUCUCUGGUUAUCGUUUCCCCAACUACAGCCUCCGACAAUGCUUGGCAUCUGCUUUUCGUCCGACUAAUGAGACUGGAAACUUCUGGACGCACUUCCUCCCUAUCUUCGUGUUUGCCUUCUACUUUCUGGAGGUGUUUGCAUGGGAAGGAGCACCCGAACCUAGCAGCCCAUUUUUCUACCCCUUCUGGAACUACUGUCUCGGGGUGUUCUACCUGCUGCUAGCCAGCAGCCUGGCUCAUCUUCUCAACUCCAUGUCUCUCAUCAUUCGUGAAAUCUGUUUCUUUGUGGACUACGGGACUAUCAGCGCGUAUACGGUGGGUUCCUCCCUGGCAUAUUACUACUAUAUCUACCCUCAAGCGGGUAUACCGGAGAUUGGGGUUGGCGGACGGAACGCUUCCCAUAAGAAGGGCCUGAACAUCGACGACGAGACUUGGCCUUCGGCAUCCCUUUCUCCACGUCCAUCAAUAUUCUGCUGGUUUUUCGAAAACCUUUACAUCCCAACCUCCUGCCUGGUUGCCAUCGUAUGCGUCAUCACCUGCUGUAACACCAGGCAGCGCUGGCGGAAGUACCGCUAUGCUGUUCGAACCCUCGUCUUCAUCCUCCCCUUCUUCAUCUCCUCCACACCCGUGUUCUAUCGUCUCCUGAGUCCCUCUCCCUACAUUCCUCAUUCCUCUUCUUCUAUGUUCUCUACCAUGCCUGCCUUUUUCUACCGACACUGCUUUUGGCUAGUGGUGUCUGCCAUUUUCAAUAUCAGUAAGAUCCCAGAGCGAUUUUCUCCAGGGUAUUUUGAUAUUUGGGGUCACAGCCAUCAAUGGUUCCAUUGCUGCACCUUCCUGUCAAUUUUGGAUGAGCUUCACAUGAUCAAGGUGGAGAUGCGGGCCCUGCUUCUCAGCCCGGCACUGGUAUUGUCACCUGCAAUACCGCCCAGGCUUCCUGGACCAACAUUUUGCUCAACAUAUGGAAUUAUGGUUCUUCUUCAGGGGUGUAUAGCAAGCGUCAUAGGUUGGUUUGGCUGGUGUGCGUAUUACAUAUAUGCACCAGAGCAAAAAAUGCUGAAGGGACAUUAGGAGGUGAUGUCUCUAUAAACAUUGUUAUAAUGUUGACCGUUUGGCACUUGCAGUACAAACUGUUGUCAUUUCAAUAUGACAAGAGUUUGUUAUUAGUACUGUUUAACUAAAGAAAAGCUUAUUUAGCAAAAUUGAUGAAUGUUUCAGUGGGUUUUAAUGUGAAAACAGUCAAAGGAUAUUGUUUUUUAUUGUAGGAUGGCCAAUCCCCCUGCUGCUUUCAAGUCAGCAUGCUUAUUUAGCCACACGUGCUCUUAAGGGAAUGUAUCUUACGUUAGCUUAUUCUUCUAUAUUGAUCUCAUAAUUCUCACUUGAGAGAGUAAAAAUAAUGGAUUAUCGAGAUUUACUGUAGGAGAUCUUACUGUAUGUUUUACUAAUACCAUUUUAAUGCAUUUUUGUAUUUACUACCGUACCUUGAGAAAUGCUCUUUCACUUUUGCUUUCAUUUUUUUUCUCAUUAUCUAUCUCACUUUUUCUUUCAUCCGCCUACUCGCAUUUCCUCCCUUUUAAGAACCCCUCUAAACAGGAAGUGCAGACAAACAGCAUGCAGACAAGCACAAAUAGCUUUGACCAAAGUGUUUGAGGCAAAGGGAAAUGAGAAGGGUGUGGAUUCAUUUAGCCAUAAACCGCUUUUUAGCACUGAAAUCUACAUCUUUUGUUUUUAAUCAACAUUAUUUUAUCCCUAUAUAGUCUAUACAGUCACAACCAGUGUGACAGUGUAAGUAUGUAACUAUAGAUGUGAGUUUAAAUGCUGUAUCUUAAUCUACUGGAACUAUGCACGGACAUUGAUUGUGUACUUAACAAUUAGUUUAAAGGCCUAGUGCAGGUUUGAUGGGAAAGCUGAAUGGGAAAAUGAAGCCAUAUCAUUUUUUUAAAAACAUAUCAGCAAGUACUGUUUUUAGUUUAUAAGGCCAGUUGCGGAGGCAAGUGUAGUCAUGGACUUGAAUAGUUAGUGGCAAACCAAAAUCAUUAUUUACUUAGUUUAUAUGUAGGUCUAAAAAGUUGCUACUGUUUGGUUUAUUUUAACCAACUGGAUGCUUUCAGAAAGUGGUGCUGUUAUGAAAGUGUGCCUAAUGCAGGUUAUUAAGUUUGACAGUAGGGUGUGUAUUGUGUGUGCAUAUAUCUGCUGUUUGUUUAUGUUCCUGUUAAAGACAAAUUGGAGUCAUUGAUGAAUUAGAUGUUGUCUGUCAAACAAAAUGUUUUGUCUAUAUGUUGUCCUCAUAUUUCAGGCAGGCCGAAUAGUUGCAAUAGGUGUGAGGGUUAGAGCAUUUCAUCACUUUGUUUCAUGUAAUCCAUCUUGAACAGGGAUUAAUUCAUUAUUCAUUACUCAUACUUAGCACUCUCUUUCUAUUUGUUUCGAUGGGUUUAAGCAUAUUUUACAAUGCACUGUGUUGCACAAGCAUAGUAUUAAAAUCUAAGCUGAAUUUAUGAUUUGCACAUGACCCAAUGUUUCUAAACUAAUCUGUGAUCUUGAGAGGGACCUGAUAUAUAUUGGUUUUAAAGGCUUGUCUAAAGGUUUGGACAGUUUUGACAAAAUAGCGUUGGACCAUUUGCCCAAAUGUGCAACUUCAUUUCUUAGAUGCACGCUAAAGAAUGCUGUUUUUUUAUUAAAAGCCGUUGGGUUAAUGUUUCUAUUUUACCCAACAGUGUGUAAAAUAACCCAGAUAUCUUGCAAUGUGUAGGUUUGACAAAUGUCAGUGCUGUUUGGGCAAUGUUUGUCCUCUCAAAUAUCUGUCAUAACGCUGAAACCUCAAACCUGUAUGUAUGCUAAAAUGUAUGCUGUAGUUAAACAGUUCAAAUGUACAAGACAUUUAAAGAGACUAUCCUGUGUCAAACAUAUAUGAGAAAUAUUUACAAAGUAAAUGUUUGAUACAGGCUGGUUCUAAAUUCUUGUUCUAGAACGGUUUAUCUAGAACUGUUGUAGUUCUCAGGGGAGAAAACAAGUUAGAGUCUUAAUGCACUGAAAGACGACUGCUGUAGUGUGAACUUAUAAUCAUGGUUUACUUACUGUAAGUAGAUCAUGUUAAUAUGUCUUAUUUAUUAAGAUAGAGGCUUAAAUAUAUAUAUAUAAUAUAGUAUAUUUACUUUUUAAUGCAUAUAUAUGACUAUGAUUGACUAUAUGUACCACUAGAUUCUAUUUCAAACUGUAUCAAAAGAUGAGAUUAGAGAUCAAUAAAUUCGAAUGGUA